AUGGCCUGCUGCAUGAUGUACCGCGGUGACGUUGUGCCCAAAGACGUGAACGCUGCUGUGGCCACUAUCAAGACCAAGCGCACCAUCCAGUUCGUGGACUGGUGUCCCACGGGCUUCAAGUGCGGCAUCAACUACCAGCCCCCGACUGUGGUGCCAGGUGGAGACUUGGCAAAGGUCAUGCGCGCCUGCUGUAUGAUCUCGAACUCCACCGCCAUCGCGGAAGUCUUCUCGCGCAUUGACCACAAGUUUGACCUCAUGUACUCGAAGCGCGCCUUCGUCCACCACUAUGUCGGCGAAGGAAUGGAGGAGGGCGAGUUCUCAGAGGCGAGGGAAGACCUGGCUGCGCUGGAGAAAGACUACGAGGAGGUGGGCAUUGAGACCGCUGAAGGCGAAGGUGAAGAGGAAGGAUACGGUGACGAGUUCUGA